CGCUCUGGCUGCUGCCGCCGCCUUGGUGUUUCUGCGGGGACCCGGUGGGCGACCGAUCUGGGCGGAGAUCGACUCGGAGAAGCGCAGAGAGGCACCCUGGGAUGAUUCUCCGCCUUCGGAGCUACUCAAGCCGCCGCCUCCGGGGGUUGGACUAGAAGACCUCCAAGGUCCCUUCCAGCUGUGUUCUGGUUGGUUGGUUGGUUCGUUGGUUGGUUGAUGGGAUUUGGGAGGAACUGCAAGCAAGAAAAUCUGGCUCUUGGUAUAGUUUGCACAGAGGGAGAACCAAUCCCUGGUGUCUUUCGCCGAAGCUUCCUUGAAGAAAUGUCGGUCGUGGAGCAACAGAAUUUAGCAGGCUGUCAAGUAGGACAUCUCGACACCAUCCAGGUUGGAAACGGCAGGGAAUUCUCAGGAAGUGGAGUUCAGAAGUGCACAGGUAGGAUCAGUGCAGAGCUACAGCAACGCUUCCCAGAACGCUUCCUUCAACGUUUCUGCAACCAGAUCUGCGCUCUGGAUCUUCAGGAACAGGACCUGGAGCAACGCACAAAGAAAUCGAUCCAAGAUGUGGUGAUCCCGGAGCCAUCCCUACCAGGCUUUCCAUCGCAGGUGCAGAGUUGGGAUGGAGUUACCGACUCGGAGUUUUGUGGAGCACACAAAGAUUCAACAGAGGACAGGCUGAGGUUCUUGCAGGACGAAGAAGGAGCCACUGUUUCACUAAGAGAUGGAGUGAUUUGUGAAAAACAGCUUCAGCCUCCUGAGAUUGAAGAUGGAGGGAAAAUGGUGGCUGUGCAUUGGGAUCAGAGGCUCUUCACCUUGGAGGAUGUGGCCGUGCAUUUCACUGAGCACGAGUGGGCGCUGCUGGGGCCUGAGCAGAAGGCGCUGCACAGAGAAGUCAUGGAGGAGAUUAGUGGGAUCGUGGCUUCUCUUGGUAACAAGUGGAGAAUCAUGGAUAAAAGCAAACCAAGUACAAACCAAAGAUUUCGCCUAGAAGGGAAGCCGUACAAGUGCUCGGAAUGUGGAAAGGCCUUCGCGACAAAGACGAAUCUAACCACGCACAAAACAACCCACACAGCUGACCACCUGCAUAAAUGCCUGGAGUGCGGAAAGCGUUUCACCCAAAGCGCACAACUGAGCAGGCAUCAAAACACUCACAUGGGGGAAAAACCGUACAAAUGCUCGGAAUGUGGGAAAAGCUUCAUUUGGAAGACAAAUUUAGAGAGACACCAGAGGACUCACACGGGGGAAAAGCCCUUUAAAUGCUUGGAAUGCGGGAAAAGGUUCGUCGAGAGUUCAGCCCUGAUUACGCACCAAAUGAUCCAUAUGGAGGAGAAACCAUACAAAUGUUUGGAAUGCGGGAAGAGCUUCACAUCAAAUACACACCUGAGCGUGCAUCAGAGAACGCACACAGGGGAGAAACCGUACACGUGUUUAGAGUGCGGAAAGAACUUCAGCGAGAGCAGUAAUCUCGCUUCCCAUCGCAGGACACAUAGUGGGGAGAAACCCUUCAAAUGUUUGGAAUGCGGAAAGUGUUUCAGUUCAGAAAGACACCUCAGGGUCCAUCAAAGAAUCCAUACAGGCGAGAAACCCUAUAAAUGUUCAAAAUGCGGAAAGAGUUUCAGCAUGAGCAGUAACCUUGCUUCCCACCAGAGAAUUCACACUGGCGAGAAACCCUACCAAUGCGCAGAGUGCGGCAAAUGUUUUACUCGCAGUUCUGAUCUUAUCAAACACCAAAAAAUUCACACGGGAGAGAAGCCGCAUGAAUGCCCCGCAUGUGAAAAACAUUUCGCUUGCAGUUCGGAUCUCCUGAAGCACAAAAAAAUUCACACUGGUGAGAAGCCUCAUAAAUGCUCUGAGUGUGGGAUAGGCUUUGCUCGCAGCUCGGACCUGAUCAAGCAUAAAAAAAUCCACACAGGAGAGAAACCCCAUAAGUGUUUGGAAUGCGGGAAAGGCUUCAUCACGAGGACCAAACUGAGCCUGCACAAACGAAACCACACAGGAGAGAGGCCAUUUCCGUGCCUGGAGUGCGGCAAGUGUUUUAUUCAAGUAGCCCAGCUGAACCGGCAUCAAAAAACUCACACCGGAGAGAGGCCGUACAAAUGUUUGGAAUGCGGCCAAAGCUUCACGCAGAGUUCUUCUCUUACUACGCAUCAGAUCACACACACGGGGGAGAAACCAUACAAAUGCUUGGUGUGUGAAAAGUGCUUCAGUUCGAGCACCCACUUACGGAGACAUGAAAGGACACACACAGGAGAAAGGCCUCAUCAGUGCUCAGACUGCGGAAAGUGCUACAGCGAGCGAGCCGAACUAAGCCGACAUCAGAAAUCACACAGCGGGAAGAAGCCAUAUCAAUGUCUGGAAUGCGGGAAAAGUUUCACGCAGAGUUCUUCCCUGAUUACCCAUCAGAUCACUCACACAGGAGAGAAACCCUAUAAGUGUCUGGAAUGCACGAAGUGUUUCAGUUCAAACACACACUUGCGCAGACACCAGCGAACCCAUACAGGGGAGAGGCCCUACAAAUGUACAGAAUGCGGAAAGUGCUUCACUUCCAACGCACACCUCUGUCGCCACGAGCGAACCCACACCAGGGAGAGACCGUUCAAAUGCCCAAAGUGCGGGAAGAGUUUCAACGUGAGCAGCAACCUCACUUCUCACCAGAGGAUUCACACUGGCGAGAGGCGCUACAAAUGUGCGGAGUGCGGGAAGUGCUUCCUUCGCAGCUCUCACCUGAUCAUACACGAGAGGAUUCACCGAGGAGAGAAGCCCUAUAAAUGCUCGGAGUGCGGGAAGUGCUUCAUCACGAAGAUCAACCUGACCACCCAUGAAAAAAAUCACACAGGGGAGAAAUUGUACAAAUGCCUGGAGUGCGGGAAGUGUUUCAAUUGGAACGCUCACCUCAGUACCCACCGGAGAACCCACACGGGGGAGAGGCCUUACACGUGCUCGGUGUGCGGAAAACGUUUCAGCGUGAGCAGCUCCCUCGUGACCCAUCAGAGAAUUCACACCGGGGAGAAGCCGUACAAGUGUUUGGAAUGUGGCAAAUGCUUCAGUUCAAACACACACCUUCGCAGGCAUGAAAGAACUCACAUCAAAGAGAGGCCCAGUGCAUGCGUGGGAUGUCAGCUGCGACCGAUGGCUGAAACUUUUCCCGCACUCCCCGCAUGCAUAGGGCUUCUCGCCUGUGUGGAUUCGCUGGUGACGGACCAGCGUGGUCUUCUGGCAGAAGCUCUUUCCGCACUCCAGGCAAGUGUACGGCUUCUCCCCGGUGUGAAUGCGCUGAUGGGUGAUGAGGGCCGCGCUCUGACCAAAGCUCUUCCCACAUUCCAAGCAGGCCAGGAAUCCUUCGGCCAGGGCCACCGCCUGAGAACUGGUUUCCGGCCCACAUUCUCGAAGCCAACACUCCAUCUCUGGAGGAAGGACAGCCAGGAACUGCUCCAGGAUCACCAAAUCCAGGAUCUGAUUCUUUGUAUGACGCUCAGGUUGGAGCCACAGGAAGCAAAGAUCACGGAGCCGGUUGAACACCUCUCGGGGUCCCCAGAUCUCCCCGUAGCGGAACUGCCGGAAGUGAAGGCAUCGGGCAUCCACCGUGUGGUCGGAUUCUCCCGGCAUCGUCUUGGCAGCCCCGAGCUCUACCUGGAGAACAUCAGACCCGGCUUUGCUUUUCUAUGGAAGCUGAGCAGUUCUGGAGAGAGUAGCAUUCAGGAGUGCAGCUGCUGUCCCCAUAGCUGGAACAUGGAAGCUUCUGCCGUGGACCCAUUUCAAACAGAAGGCCUUGUCUCACAGGAAAGUCACGUAGCUUCAGCUGGAAGGACCUACAAUAGUGUCCACUUCCAGAAUGUGGCUGAGGAACAUGGGCAGGUGUGGAUCAGAAGAAAUGAUGGAGAGGUGUCACAAUCUGUGCCGGAGAACAGUUACACGUGCCAAGAUGCAGAAGACACUUUUGGAAAUUCAGGGGCCAUGAAGGAAAAUGGAAACCUGAUUGGUGAAAGGCACGAAUCCUUUGCUAAUUUGGACAUUGGCUUCCAUGAAAUUUCAGUCCACCCAAACCUUCCGAAAGAAGGAAACAACCACGAGGCUUCUUCAUGUGUAGAAAAUUGGGAUGAAACGUCGGAUAGGAACCUACACUGGAAAACCCCCCCGGGAGAGAAGCCGUUUCAAUGUCUUGAAUGUGGGAAGAGUUUUAGUAGGAGCUCCGAACUGAUUAGGCAUAAAAGGGUUCAUACGGGAGAGAAACCCUAUGGAUGCCCCGAGUGCGGAAAGAGUUUUAGUCAAAGCAGAAACCUUACUUCCCAUCAAAGGAGCCACACGGGAGAGAAACCUUACAAAUGCUUAGAAUGCGGGAAGUGUUUCGGUAACAGCGGCAUUCUCACUUCCCACCAGAGAAGCCACACCGGGGAGAAACCCUAUCAAUGUUUAGAGUGCGGGAAGUGCUUCAGUCAAAGUGGCAUUCUCACGGCGCACCAAGCAAUGCACACGGGGCAAAAGCCGUUUCCGUGCCUGGAGUGCGGGAAGAGGUUCCGCCAGCUCAUACACCUUACCUCUCACGAGAGGAUCCACACGGGAGAGAAACCCUUUCGGUGCCCGGAGUGCGGGAAGAGUUUCCGUCAACAUAUACAUCUGACUUCUCAUCAAAGAACCCACACGGGAGAGAAACCCUUUCGGUGCCAAGAAUGUGGGAAGAGCUUCAGCCAGAGUUCACACCUGAUUCGGCAUGAAAGAACCCACACAGGAGAGAAACCGUUUCAAUGCCUCUUGUGCGAAAAGAACUUCGGUCACAGCUCCGAACUGGUUCGACACGAAAGAACUCACACGGGGGAGAAGCCCUUUAAAUGUCCCGAGUGCGAGAAAAGCUUCAGCCGCAGCUCUGAACUUAUUCGGCAUAAAAGAAUCCACACCGGGGAGAAACCCUAUAAAUGCUUGGAAUGCGACAAGAGCUUCAUCGAUAGCACAAACCUUAUUAGACACCAGAUAAGCCACACGGGGGAAAAACCGUACAAGUGUCCAGAGUGUGGGAAAUGUUUCAGUCAGAGCAGAAGCCUGACAGCGCAUCGACGGAUUCACACGGGCGAGAAACCCUUUAAAUGCCAGGAGUGUGGGAAAUGUUUCAGUCAGAGUGGGAUCCUUACCGCACAUCAAGGCAUGCACACGGGACAGAAACCUUUUAAAUGCCUGGAGUGCGGGAAGCGGUUUCGUCAGCACAUCCACCUGACCUCCCACCGAAGGAUCCACACAGGCGAGAAGCCGUUUAAAUGCCCAGAUUGCGGAAGGAGCUUCCGUCAACACAUACACCUCACCUCUCACAAAAGGAUUCACACGGGGGAGAAACCUUUCCAGUGCCAGGAAUGUGGCAAGUGUUUUAGUCACAACUCCAUCCUUAUUUCUCACGUGAGAACCCACACCGGAGACAAACCGUACAAAUGCUUGGAGUGUGGAAAAAGCUUCACUUGGAGCACCCUCCUGAUUAGACACGAACGGACUCACACGGGGGAGAAACCCUUUAAAUGCCAAGAGUGUGACAAGGGCUUUAGUGAGAGCUCACUUCUUAGCAAGCACCAGCGGCGUCACGCUGGGGAAAAACCCUUCAAAUGUUUGGAGUGUGGAAAGAACUUUUUUUCCAGCACACUUCUUAUUCGACAUCAGAGGACUCACACAGGGGGGAAACCGCUGAAUAUUUGGAGUGUGGGAAACACAUCAGGAAUUGUUUGAGACAAAAGAAUUUGAAGAGGAGAAAAUUCUUAGCCGUGAUCAGAAUGGGACAAAAGUUGUCAUGCCUUAAGUCCAGCAAUUAUUUACCAAAAAUUUGCAGAGUAAGGCACCAUAAUUAUUCUUUUCAUGGAAUAAGGGUUUUUAUUUUAGCACCGUAUCUCAUCAGGAAAUUCCAAAGGGGCAAUGUGAAGCAGAAGUGCACAAAGCAAGGCAGGAUAGCCAUAUAUUUUUCGAAAACUAAACCAUCGUAAAUCCAUCGUCUUGUCUCAGUGCUCUUGACUUCCUUGAGAAGCAUGAAAUUGAAGAAAUCCACUAAUUUAAUGUUUAUGGUUUAAGUACGUUUCUUAGUCACUUCAGCGAAGAUUCAUUUGGUCAGUAUUUUUCAAUCUUAACAACUUUAAGAUGUCUGGAGUCCAACUCCCAGAAUUCGCCAAACUGGGGAAUUCUGGGGGUUGGAGUUGUUGGAAGAAAAAUUCCAGGUCCAGUUCCAAGCUGGGAAUAAAAUGGAGGCUGACUGGAAAGAAAGUUGGUUUAUUGAUGAACAGAACCACCAACAUGUGAUACUGGGACAGCUGACAAAAUGGAGUUGAGAAUGGGUGGGUUUUAUACCUUCUGUAUUCCUAUGGAGUCAUGGAGGGGUCAUGGCUGGCUCUAGAGACAAAAGGGGAAAUGCAAAUCCUAGGUGUUUGUCUGAGCUAAUUUUGUCAGCUUUUGACUUGAUUGUGUUGCUUAUCUGAAGUUUCUGCCUGACCCAGUCUUCCUGAAUGGAUUACCAAAUCUGCAUUUCUAAAAGCUGGCUUUCUCAGUUUCUGCUUCAGGAAGGGAAACUGGUGCUGGUUUCUGCCUCCCGUAACAUUUUUUCCCCAUUUCUCCUUUAGGGGAAAUAUUCUAUUCUGCCUUUUUAAUAUUCCCCAAGAUAUUUCAUUCUUCAAGGGGCAGGAGCUUCCCACAGAGUCCAGAUGUCAGGGUUCCGACAGAUGUCCUAAUUAAUUCAUGAACCUCGAGCCAAGUUUCAAAAGAAAUCCAGUUAUUUAUUAGGAGCAACAUGUUGGCACGUAUCCAAGUGGAGUCAGCUCUGCCCCAUGUAAUUUACGGCCCCGCUAACCUGUUUCCCCCCUCCUCUCUGGGUGUGUCAUAAAUCACAUUCUCCAAUGGAGCACUUUCGCAGGCUGUAGAAAACAUGCCCCUCCGGCUGGCUCUGGUAACCUGGGAUACAAUCUGGAGAAAGGUAUGCGUGGAAUGUGCUUCUGGUUGUGGCAGCCGGUUGUGAUCCAUCAGUUCUCCCCCCUCCUGCCUAUGGCAACUCGAGAGCAGGCCUGGAAUGCUUUACGAGUUAACAUCAAACAUCUUAAAGUUGUUAGAGUGAACAUGUGUGAUUCAACAUUUUUCUGCACUGCUUCUCUUUGUACGGGGGAAGUCACUCCUCGGCAUUUCUCUUUAUUUUCCUGUAUUUCAAAUUCGUUUUGAAAAGUAUAAGGACAGCGGCCCCCAACCUUUGGGCACCAGAGACCAAUUCUGCAGAGAGAGGUUUUCCGCAGACUAGAGGGGGCACGGUUACAUGUGCUGCCUGCAUCUCAUGGAUGGGGCUUCAUUUGUUUUGCGCGGACCGGUUUCUGGCAUGCUGCGGACUGGGACCAAUCCACAGACCAGGAGUUGGGGACCCCUGUGUUGGAAGAAAUGUCCAUCUGGGUUCAGUUCCAAGUGGAGAGAAAGACACUGGAAACAUGGAAGCUGUUUGGAAAGAUGGUUUUAAUGGUGGACAGGACCACAUGGUUUGAGAUCCUGGGCAAUCGAGCACAUGGGUGAGAGAGAAAGAGAGAGAUUUAUACCCUCUCUUGGGCUUUGAACUUGCUUCCUGUUUCUGUGAAAGAAAUGUAUUCUGAUUGGUUGUCAGUCUCCCAUGGGGCCAUGCAGGGGGAGUUUGUAGGUUGUCUUGAGUCCCAGGCUUGGUUGAAUCUUGCUGGGUGAUGUAAUGAAGGGGCUUUGGGCAAUUCCUAUUAUGGCUUAAUGGCUUUGUCCCGGUUUGGAUCUUGAGUGAGGGCUAAUCCUAUCAUGUCCUGAGGGUGAAGGUCUUUUGUUUUGUAGAUAAGCUGGCCCAGCCUUUUGUCUUGUUGAUAGGUUGGCACCAGUCUUUCUCGGGCUAUUAACAAAGGUGGGGGCUGCUUUCCAAGAGCAUAUUUCUCCUUUUCUCAACCAAGGAGGUAUAAUAUUCUGCCUUUUUAAUAUUUCCUAGAAUAUUUCAUUCUUCUAGGAGAGGGGUGGGUGUGGGUGCUAACUUCCUACACCUGUAUUAGGCAAUACUCAAGGGCCUAGUUGCUGUUCAUGUCCUAAAAUGGGAAAGCAAUGUUCAUUUGUCAAAGCAAAAGGACCACUACAUUUAAUGUAAGCCAAACUUUUUCUACGUAGGAAAUAACUUAUAUUGCAUGCUUAAGUGUUGUGAAGGCUGCUCAUAAGCUAAGUCCCAGAUAGCUAAGGCUUAAACAUAGGUUUUGUGGGAAUAGGGAGGUUGCACCAAUAGAGAAGUCAUGAGAACAUCUGUUGCAAUGACAACAAAUAUAUAUAAAAAAGGGAAACUAUUGUCAUGGUAGCACCAGUGAGAAAGUUAGAGACAGCCAUUUUUGGUCUUUUUCCAAGAAGAGCGUGACUCUAUCCAUCUGACAUUACUGCCACCUUGCAUAAUAGCACCAGGGAUCCUUAACAUUGCUCAUCUGUCAUCAACACGUGAAACUAUUUGAACUAAGGCAGGAAAAUGUUGACAAGUAGUCCUUGACUUACAACAGUCCAUUUAGUGACCGUUCAAAAUUACAAUGGCACUGAAAAAAGUGACUUAGGAUGGUUUUUCACACUUACGACUGUUGUAGCAUCCUCGUGGUCACAUGAUCUAAACUUGGCAACUGACUCAUUGUUAGGGUUCCAAGGAACACCCCCCAAAAAAGAAAGCUCUGAGGCCUGAGGUUCCUCAAAAUUCCAAUUUAUUAGAGAUGUCAUGUUGGCACAUCUGGGAAAACCAGUGUAUUGUGAGCCGCCCUGGGUCUUCAGAGAGGGGCAGCAUAUAAAUUGAAUAAAUAAAUUAAUUAAUU